CUAAGUAACGAAUUUGAAUCAUCAAUACAUGUAAUAAAUAGUGCUCAAAUUGAUCACACACUAAAACAUAACCAACAAACAGUCACUAAUAAUCCCAUCAUUACACAAAUUCUCACUUUGAUUAUUUUAUAAAACGUUCUCAUUUCAUGGCUUCUUCCAGCACAAUGAUGGCAGCAAAAUCAGUGCUGUCGACGGUUGGCUCGGCAGCCGCCGCGGUAAUGGUGGCGCGAUCGGUCAUCAACGACUUCCUUCCCUACGAAGUCCGUGACUACUUAUUCUCCUCCAUCCAUUCCAUCUUUAGUCGAAGGUUUUCCUCGGAGAUCACUAUGAUCAUCGAGGAGUUCGACGGCCUCGAAUGUAACCAAAUCUUUGAGGCCGUCGAACUCUUCAUAGGGGCUCGAACCAAAACCACGUCCACAACGUCUGCAUCAGCCACCCGGCUUAAGGUCCGGAAGCCUGAAUCCGGGGAUAAAAUACUGGUCAACGUGGAUCGAAAUGAGGAGAUCGUUGACGAGUUCGAAGUCAAGUUUCGAUGGAUGUUACAUUGUCACACCAUCCAGUCUAACAACUUUUACCAUCCAAGAGAUAUGAACUCAACCUUGAGGUCAGAGGUUAAAUCCUUUCACUUAACAUUCCACAAAAAGUUUAAGGCUAUUGCGAUGGAAAAGUAUAUCCCUCACAUUAUAAAACAAAUGGAGUUUCUAAAAAUGGAGACGAAGACGAUCAAGCUAUUUACAGUUGAUCCAAAUAACUCGUAUGGUAAUCCUGCAAAUGCGUGGACACCUAUUACUUUAAACCACCCAGCCACUUUCGAUACAGUGGUGAUGGACACCGAGUUGAAACAAAUGAUCAUCGAGGAUCUCGAAAGGUUUUUGAAGAGGAAAGAGUACUAUCGACAUGUAGGGAAGGUGUGGAAGAGAGGUUACUUAUUGUACGGGCCUCCUGGGACAGGAAAAUCAAGCUUGAUCGCGGCUAUGGCAAAUUACUUGAAUUUUGAUGUGUAUGAUUUGGCGUUGAGUGGGUUGAGGUUUGAUUCUGAGCUCCGGAAUGCACUGUUGGGUACCGCGAAUAAGUCUAUAGUUGUGGUUGAGGAUAUUGAUUGUUCCAUUGAGUUGAACAACAGGGAAAAUGAAGAAGGUCCUUGUGGUUUUGAUGGGCGUUUUCCUGGUGGGCAACGACAGCAAGACAAGGUUACAUUAUCGAGAUUAAUGAACUUUAUUGAUGGAAUAUGGUCAAGUUGUGGGGAUGAGCGAAUAAUAAUAUUUACGACAAAUCACAAAGAAAAGUUGGACCCUGCAUUGCUACGUCCAGGGCGCAUGGACGUGCACAUUCACAUGUCUUAUUGCACUCCUUGUGGAUUUAAUCUCCUUGCUAACAAGUACCUCGGCGUAAAGCAUCAUGAACUCUUUACAGACAUUGAGAGGCUGGUGAGGAAAAAAAAUGUCACCCCCGCCGAGGUUGCUGAGCAAUUAAUGAAGCACGACAAGCCUGAUCCAGCACUUAGAGGUCUAGUUGAGUUCCUCGAAUUGAAAAAGGUGGAUGAAGCAAAUGAGGAGGCUAAGAAAUUGAAGGAUGAUGAGUCCAAGCUUAAAGAGACUGAUAAUAAAAAUGAUGAAGUGAAUGAUGGUGAGGAUGUUAAGGAGGCCAAUGACAAGGAGUCAAUUGAAAAACAAGAUGUUAAUAAAUGAAAUUUAAGGAUUGUUCUUAUAUUUGCAAUGUACAUUUACAAUAUUUCUAAUACUAUGGAUUUUUUUUUUUUUAAUCUAGAGUUUCAUCUGUACACAAUACAAAUCUAAGACUUAUACGUUGACGCAUAAUAAUAUUAAGACUUUCAUUUUUGAAGCCAAUCCUACAAGAUCACGGAAACAUCACAAGACCAAAGCCAAAAACAAAAGUAAAACAAUUUUGCAACCAAUGAAGUUUUGCCAGUAAGUAGCGACC